AUGGCACCCUUCGUACCGACGCAGCAGAGGGUGGCCCAGCGCGAGAUUGUCCGGACCAUCAAAGCGCGAAUUGACACGUGGAAGUGCGACACCACCAUCAUCGCCGGCCGCUACGGCUGCGGCAAGACCGUGGCGCUCGAAGAGUCCCUGCGCGACAGGCAGGGCAUCUUCGUCCACACCGUUUGGGACAAAAGUUGGAAGACGUCGCUCUUCGAGCGCUUGGGCUUGAAUGGGGAACAGGAGUUUAAGGAGGUCCUUCGGCUUUCGUUUCCCUGUGCGACUUGCUUCGCUGGCUUCCGAGGCAUGACCACCGUUGCAGAUACCGUUGCCAUCUUCGGCAAGUAUACGUCGUCGGACAGUUCGCUGGCACACGUGAUCGUGUGCCCCUCCUCGGCUGCCGUGGCCCUGACCUUCCAGGAACGUCACAGGAACAUCUGGGUGGACGACUUAACGAAGGACGAGGCCGAGGAAUUGCUGAAGCUCCACGGGCAGGAGGACAAAAAGGACGAAUUCCUUCGCGCAUGCGGCUACAAUGCACUGGAUCUGGUAAGCGCCUGCCAGCGCUACGCUGUUGAUGGGGAGCAGGCGCUCAAGGCCAAGGAAGCGAUGAUGGAGAAGAUGGCCUGGCAGGAGGUGGUGUGUUUCAAGGAUCAGUGCAAGUUGCGUGGGGACACGGGCAAGGACAUCCUGAAGAAGCUGGUGGACAACUGGCAGGCAGGCGUCCUAGAAGGUGCAGACUGUCUCUGCACCUCUGCAGCUCAGCGGGAUGUGGCACUGUGGAUCCGCGAGAACGAUUGUGAGCCCGUGAUCUGGCACACGGUGAGGAGAGAGUACCAGUUCGCAUCGGAGCUGCACGCGAGAGUCGCAACCGAGAUUUUGAGCAGCAACUCCCAGUCGACUCCAUAA